AUGCUCCUCCAUCCUGGCUACAGGAUACUCGCUGCGGCCCUCCUGCUAGUCGCGUUUUGUGCGGCCAGCAGCGAUUCCUCCGAUGAAACAAAUGCCGCUCUUUGGGACAUGGUCCCUGCUUGCGCUCGAAAAUGCACAGAAAACUUCAUUCAGACUGAGUACACGUCGGCGGAGUGCAGCGAGAAAUCGAAUAUCAGGUGUUUGUGUCGUUCGAAAACACCUAGCAAUCUUACCAUUGGGGAAGCGGCUUUGACUUGUGUAUAUGCUUUGUGCUCGGAGAAGAUUAAAAAAACCACAGAUGUUUAUCAUAUUUGCGACUCGGUGCCUGGGGCUUUGACGGAGACGCAUGCCACCCUCACUGCAACUACUUUUGCUCCUGCGUCAUCGACGACUACAUCGUCAACGGCCGAAACGACGACCAGUUCAACUAGAACGACGCACGCCGCGGACACUACAUCAUUGGAGACAUCCAAACCCACAACCUCGACUUUGACGACAUCUGAGACAGCGGCCGAGAUUACUUCUUACCACCCAUCAACAUCUGCUUCCGACAUAUUGCCCUAUACCAGCUCUGAUACAUCUACUGCAACACCUACGAAUUCGUCAACAACUGCGGCUGGUAAAAGUGGUAGCAAUGGUACCAGUCCAGGCACUGUCAUUGGAGUCUCUGUUGUAUCGGGUGUGGCCGGCUGCUUCAUAAUAGGCGUUGCUGUAUUCUUCUGCACGAAGAGAUGGAGGAAGAAAAACCAGAGAGAUUUCGAAAUUGGAGGAGACAUGUCCGAACCGUCCGAUAUCUCAGAGCCAUUAUAUUCCCGAGGACCUUCACCGAAUUUGAAUCCAGGGCCUUCGGAGCUGAACGCUAUGCGGAGUCCCCUGGAAAUGUCCCAAGUCUCGCUGCCACCGCGUUCUUUGCAGUCAACUCCAUAUCCUCAGAACUCCACUGCACCGGGUAUUCGUUUGGUAGAGACUCCUCGAGAUGAACACAAUCAGCGAAUAGGCUGUGCAGUUACCUCUGAGUCAGAUUGGGAAGGCUCACCCAGGACAGUGGACUCACAACAUACCAUGGCAGAGCUACUACCGAGUCCCUCCGUUGGUCUAGUUCCCAAGCCGCUAAAGCUGUGGCAUCGGCCAGCUAGUGCAGGAACUGUUUUCGAAGAGGACGAAAACCACUUCAUGGCAGAAAAGAGUCUACCCCCUCUACCCAGUACGAGGAGGUAUCAGAAUUCGAGACAAUCACCCGUGAUCUUGGGCCUUCCAUCCAACCCUCGAGCUCCAAAAGAAGGAUUUCCAGCAUCGAAAUUCCGACGUGUCCAGAAUCAACAUCCAAGCCCGAUACAAACCAAAUCACCCCGCGAGAGACCAGCGGGUCCCCGCGCUCUAGGACCACCAUUCUCCGCCCAAAAUCGCAGGUCAAUCAUCUCAAACAGCAGCAGUGGGCAAAAUGAUAGCUCUGGUCUAUCAGACUACACAUCAAACACUUACCUCACAACACCACCUUUCAGCACCGCACAAGGCCGCAUCCUUAGCGGCACUCCCCAAAGGAAACCUCCCACCCAAGUCUCACCACCAAGCACCUUAGCCCCAGCACCAGACAUUGUAUCUAUACCACGGAUUGUUCGUGGAGAAGACAUCAAGCGCAUCCCACCCGGCGAACGCCCACCCAGCGAAGUCGUGGUCCCAUACUGCCCUGAAGACUUCUGGCUUGAACGUGGGAGAGGCAACACGCCCUCGCGUACUGUCUCUACCGAACUCCCAUAUCCAUCCGAAAUGUUCCCGGGUGUAGUUCUUUAUCCAGACAGCCCGAAGAAACGACCUGAGGAUGCUCCUAGGAGGAUAUCGCCCACAAGCAGAAAUUUGACUCCGUCUAAAAGAGGAGAUGAUCUGAUUCUUAGAGUCGACUAG